ACACUCGAUUACUUCCUGCAUGACGAAGACCAAGAGCGGCAUUUGGGCUACAAUUGUAAACGUAGUGUUGUGAGGGCACGACAUAAGAAGGUGUUUGAGGAUGUUCAAUUUUAUAUUACACCCUCAGUGGAACCCAGUCGUGCUGUGUUGACAAAGUUGAUUCGCUUAGCCGGUGGAGUAGUUCAUGAAGAUCGUCCAGCGCCAGCUGACAUAGCGCGGUGUAUCGAAACGGAUGCGCCGUUUAUAGUGAUCAGCUGUGAAUGUGAUCUCCGAAUGGUGCAGUACCUAGUGGAAUGCAAUUUUCGUGAGUUAUACUGA